AUGGAUGUGGCUUCCUAUUCCGAGACAACGGUCCCUACCCAUGCACCCAUAGACGAGUUUCCUUCUUUUCUUGACGCUUCUCUCCCACAACCUUUCCCACUACCAUCUACCUCGCCUCAUGCUCUUCCAACGCCAUUACUGGAGGACCGUCCUCAUCUUGACCUAACCUUCGCUGGAGCUAUCAUUCCUCCGGCUGCUGCUUCGCUCCCCACGACCACCAUCAUCCGAACAACGCACACCCUGCGCCUCCCUUCGUUUGAUGUACUAGGCAUCGCUGCACCUCAUCCAGAUCGCUUUUUUCUGCGCCAACAUCACUCGUUUUCGCCGCUCGGUGCUGGACCUCUCUCCAAACCAGAAGACCCUCUCCAUGCGCUUAGCCCGCCGCUACAUUUUCGUUCCCGGGCUGAUACGGCCACCGAACCCUGCAUCACAGCGCCCAAAGCAGCCAGGGCCCACGUGGAGCAUAGUGUUUCCAUCUUCACUCCUCCAACGGAGCCGGGGACGUUCAGUUGGGGGUCGUGCGUGAGCGUGAAAACGGCUGGUGCGGGCUCCCCUCCAAGUUCCGAGCCCGGAGUCUCACCCAACCUUCAUCUUACUGCCAGCACCACUGCACCUGGACAAGUCUCGCCCAUUAUUGUGCCGAUACCCGCUGAGCUAAGCGACACUGCUAGGAUGGCAACCUGGAUUGAAGAGAUCAAGGACAUCACCACCACCGCAUCCGGAUGCUUGGAACUGGACUCUGUGAAGAUUCUGUCUCACGCCCUGCCAUGUCCCUCAACGUCAGGUCAUCUAUUUGGACAGCUCAUUGCUACUGUUCAUGACAGCACCCCGACGAACAUCUCGUGGAUCAACGUCUUUCAUGCCGUCCCCGGUCGCUAUACACUCUCCGACCUUCCCAGGUCUCCACCAUCCACACCUGGACCCGCAGUAGGUGGAGACAACUACUUUACAAGCAAAGUCUUCGACAGUGCUGUCGCCAUUCCCGACUACCAGCUUGACUCAUUGCUACUCCCUCCGUCUCCAAGACCUGUGGUACCACCAGGCAGCAUCCAAAUUUCAGUGGUCGAGCGAUACAUCCCGCCUACAAACACCAACGAAUACGCGGAGAUGUUCUCUUUCAAAGGCCGCUCCCUGUUGUACGACCGCCUGAUCGAGCUCUCGCCUGACAACGGCACUUUACUCUUCAUAUAUCCCACCAAAACAGGCGCGCGGACGUUCAUGCGGCAAUACCUUGGACCCAUCCUAGACCCGCUUCUCCGGACGCUGACGGUGGUACACGAACUUCACUCCGAAUUGGGACGGAAUCUUGGCCAAAUGAGCUCUGUCGAUUACCUUGACGAGUACAACAACCUGGAGUCGCGAAUGAGGAAGUUCUGCAGUUUGUUGAAUGAGCUUGGAAACGGUCGGAAAGGCCCCAAUGAUAAGAAAGUGACUUACAGCGUCAUCCACGCCGCAAAAGAAGACAUGGCGCUGCAACGGUCGGCUUGGGCGGAUGACUGGUGGAUCAAGCAGGAGAAGUCGAGGGUCCGAGAAGUCGUUACAAAGUACUUUCGGAAAACCAAAAAGCUCCCCACCGACAACGAAAUGACGAGUGCGCAUCUGAUCCAGGAGGUACUUGAGGGGGUCUCGAGACGCGACUACUACGACGGCGAGCCGGAGAAGGGCGUAGAGGUGGGCGUGUUUGUCAUCAAGAAGACGUGCUCCGCAUAG